UUCCUUUCAGUUUGCGGUUAGAUAGCGUUGUUUCUCGCUGCAAGAAGCUGGGGCAGGGCUCUCUCUGGCGCUGCAUUAGUAAACUGGAGGGAAAGCAGGGGAGAGAGAGAAAAUGACAAAUCUGGAAUUAAUUUCCGAUGAAGAAUUUGACGGCAAGAAAGUGCUCAGCAAAUGACGUGAGUGCGCGAAGGAGCGGGGCUUGUGAGCGGGGCCACACAAUGAAACUCCGGUACAAGAUCGCGGCAGUGCUCGGCUGUCUGGUGGGCGGGCGGCUGCUGCAGUACCUGCUGCUCGGCAUGUCGGCCGGCGAGACCCCGCCGAGGGUGGGCGACGGCCGCGCUUGGCGAGCCGUGCAAGCGUUUCAGGGGCGCCUGGUUACUCGCCAGCCCGCCGCUUUCCGCUCGCAGCUUCGGCCCGCCUUGAACCCCCGGCCACGGCUCCUGACGAAAAGGCACAAGAAGCCUGCCAGCGACAGGGAUCUUCAGGAACCAAUAUUUCGUCUCCACAGGCAGAAUGGUGAAGAAUGGGUGCACUUGGCAGUGGUGGCCUGUGGGGAUCGGCUGGAAGAGACAAUGACUAUGUUGAAGUCGGCUAUUCUUUUCAGUAUCUACAAGAUAAAAUUCCACAUCUUUGCUGAAGAUACACUCCACUCACAGUUUGAAAGCAGUAUUAAAGCCUGGCCAUAUUUAUACAAAACACAUCUUGAAUAUAGCAUCUACCCAAUCAACUUUUCAGUGGGAAAUCCUCAGGAAUGGAAGAAGUUAUUUAAGCCAUGUGCAGCUCAGCGCCUUUUCCUUCCAAUGAUUCUGAAAGAUGUCGACUCUCUGCUGUAUGUCGACACUGACGUUCUCUUUCUGAGAUCAGUGGAUGAUGUUUGGAAUAUCCUGAAACUCUUCAAUUCUACGCAACUUGCGGCCAUGGCCCCUGAACAUGAAAUCCCAAAGAUCGGAUGGUACAGUCGGUUUGCCCGACAUCCGUAUUACGGAGCAGCUGGUGUCAAUUCAGGGGUCAUGCUGAUGAAUCUUACUCGAAUAAGAAGUCGGCUGUUUAAGAAUAGUAUGAUUCCCUCUGGCCUAAGAUGGGAAGACUUACUAUAUCCUUUAUACCAUAAAUACAAAAAUGAUAUCACAUGGGGAGACCAGGAUUUAUUAAAUAUCAUAUUCCAUUAUAACCCAGAAUAUCUGUACGUGUUUCCUUGUCAGUGGAAUUACAGACCUGAUCAUUGUAUGUACGGCAGUAACUGUAGAGGAGCAGAAGACCAAGGGGUUUCCAUUCUCCAUGGAAACCGUGGGGUUUAUCAUAAUGAUAAACAGCCUGCCUUCAAAGUAAUGUAUGAGGCUGUACGCAAUUUUCCCUUUGAAGAUAAUUUAUUUCAGUCUCUAUAUUUCCCACUUCAAAACAGCUUUAUGAACACAGUACACACUUUAUGUGGCAGGCUUCCACAAGUAUUCCUGAAGCAGUUUGAACAAGCUAUGCGAAAAGUGUACGAGGUUCGUGUUAUUCAUAUAGGAUAACAACUGAGGAUAGUGGUAUGUUUAUGUCAAAAAAGAAAAGAAAAACUGCAGAUGCUGGAAAUCUGAAAUAAAAACAGAAAAUGCUGGAAAUACGUGGAGGAUCAGGCAGUAUUAGCGGAAGGAGGAGCACAAUUAACAAUUCAGGCCUUUGAACUCUCGUCAGUUCCAGAUUGUCUCCUCUACUGUCAUUUGAUGAACCAACUCUCCACCCAACUCUGCCAAAUGUUUCACCUGGACUUGUGAACUUACCUAACUUGUUUUCCAUCUUAUACCUCGGAGAAGUCACAGUGCAGUUUCAAUUGAUUAAUCUUCAUUUUGUAUUAAGGCAACAGUUAGCUCCAUUAGUUCAAUCCACUUGCUUUUCAUCUGAACUCAACGCAAAACAGCAUGUUGUCCAAAUAAAUGUAUUCCAAAAUGUUCCCCUUAUUACUUCAAAUAAAAACAUCCAGCAGGACCACAACAAGAGAGAACUCUCACCUACCCCUGGUGUACAUCCACCUUGUGAUGGUGCAGGAAGGAACUGCAGAUGCUGGUUUACAUCCAAGAUAGACACAAAAUGCUGGAGUAACUCAGUGGGACAGGCAGCAUUUCUGGAGAGAAGGAAUGGGUGACGUUUUGGGUUGAGACCCUUCUUCAGACAUUCAUUGCUUCUCUCCAGAAAUGCUGCCUGUCCCGCUGGGUUACUCCAGCAUUUUGUGUCUAUCCACCUUCUGAUUGGAACUCUGUUGAGGACCAUACCUAAUUUUCCUUGCACUUUUCAAACAAGUGUCCUUUGUGGCAUGGACAUAUUUCACCAGAACUUCCAUUACUCUCAACCACUGGUAUAUCUUGUCUUUGUGUUCAAACUAUCGACUUUCUCUCAUUGAUUAAAAAAAUUGAUAACCUUGCUGUAAUCUCCCUGAAUCAUCUGCUUAAAAAUAGGUGCAUGUUACUUUCCCUGGCGUAAAUUAAUUCUGAUACCCUUCAUUUACCAUCUCUGUAACCAAUUGUCAUGUUUACAGUUUCAAUCCCUGAGAGUUGUCACAAACCUGAUUGCAUCUACCUACCUGGAUAUUGGCACUAAUAUGUUGGCACUAACGCACUGCCUCCUCAUUUAUCAGGAAUGUCUCCGUUAUUUCAUUGAACAUUGAUUCUUUCUUCUCCCAAGACUUUAUAAAUUUCUUCAGAGCCUUUUUUCUCAUUCUUCAUUUUUCAGGUGAUCUUGCCUCCUGUAUUUCACCCGAUAUCAUUCAAGUCUAGGUUUUACGUGGCUUUGCUUCUUCUGCUUUAUUUUUUUAUAUAUUAAGAAAAUGGGCAAUUUUAGAGUCUGCUGCUUUGGUGCCAUUGACAAGGUUAGAUAGCGAUGGAACAAAAAGUAUAGAAAAUGUUUUUUACCAUUUAAAAAAAAAAAAAAAUUAAAAAAAAAAGAUUUAUUCCCAAACCAAUUGUAUUUGGAAGUGCAAGCUAUUUUUGAUAAUGUGAUACUUAUUCUACAAUAUUUAUACAUGUGUUUUAAAUAAAAAAGGUACAAUAUCAUUAA